AUGGUAGGCGUGUUCAAGCGUUCUCUUUCGUUUCCGAACAAACAUCCCAACCGUCUAUCGAAACCACCCAUAUCUCAUCACAUUAGAUCCAUCAGUCUUCCAUGCAGAUCACAUCCUUUGAUUUCCCAGAUCAAAAAUGAGAUCAAUGAGCUCAAAACGUGGUCGUCCAAAUCCGAUAAUCGAACAUCGGCUUGGCUGUGUGACGGCUUGGGUCGUCUCAAAGACGUUCAUGACUCUCUUGAUGAUAUUCUCCAGCUCCCUCAAACACAAGACUCUCUUCGUAACCAACACGACUGGGUCGAGAAGCUUCUCGAAGAUUUGCUUCGUUUUGUUGAUGUUUAUGGCAUCUUUCAGACAUCAGUUUUGGCACUUAAAGAAGAGCAGUUCGCUGCACAGGUGGCUAUAAGAAAAAAAGAUGAUUCAAGAAUAGCUUUGUAUUUAAAAGCUAGAAAAAAGAUGGCUAAAGAGAUGGUUAAACUUGUAUCAACAGUUGGAUGUAUCGGUCAGUACCCAGUUCCAAGAUCCAUGUUGGUGUCAAUUGCAAAUACUGAGUUGGCUGGUGUGGUGAGUGAUGUUGUGGAGGUGACAGUGUUGGUUACAGCAGCUCUUUUUAAUGGAAUUUCAUCAUCAUUUGCGUCGAGAAAAUCUUCUUGGAUGGGGUUGACGUUAAGCAAGAAGGCUAAGAAAAUGAAGGUUGAAGAAUUUCAACAAGUUGGUGUAGAGAGCUUGUGGGGAUUGAGAAAGAAGGGUGAUGAAGACAUAACAAUGGUCUUGAAGAAAAUGCAGCAUUUGGAAGGUUGUAUUUGCAGCGUUGAAAGUGUUAGUGAGAAAGCAUUUAGGAGUCUGAUCAACACUAGGGUUUCACUACUCAACACUCUCACCCAGCAGUAG